CAGACUCCUCAAGCAAGUUGAGGUAAAUGCUAUAAAUAACCCUCACAAAUGGUCAUGGUUUUGUACACAGUAAUUAUCAGAAAUAAUUGGUAUAUUUCUGUGCAGCGAAUUCAGGAGUCUCUGCUUCAAUCAAUACAAGAGGGUUCUGAAAUAUUCAGAAAAAGAGAGUUGGAAGAGAAAUGCCGAGCAGGCCCGGGGGUCCCGUAACGCAAGACUGGACGCCUGUAGUCUUGCAUAAACGGCCUCAGAAAUCGAGUGAAUCGCGCGAUCCAAAAGCUGUUAACGCUGCAAUAAGGGCUGGCGCAAAGGUCGAAACCCUAAAGAAAUUUGACGGUGGACAGAACAAGAAGACGCAACAGCCUGUUGUUAAUGCCAGAAAGCUUGAAGAGGAGACAGAACCAGCCGCGCUUCAGAAGAUUUCGCCGGAGGUUCGGCAGGCUAUUCAGAAGGCUCGACUUGAGCAGAAAAUGAGCCAAGCUGAAUUGGCGAAGCGUAUAAAUGAGAGGCCUCAGGUAGUUCAGGAGUAUGAGAGUGGAAAAGCUGUGCCAAAUCAGGCUAUUUUGUCUAAGAUGGAGAGGGCUUUGGGCAUAAAACUUAGAGGAAAGAUUUCCAAGUAAAAGACCGAGUUAGCUGUCAUCAACGAAAAAUUUAGUUGUAGGAUCAGCGUGAAAUCUUUAGAUCUUUGAGAACGGAUGUUCCUCUUAAUUGUGUGAUAUUUUCAUCUAGGAACCAACCGAUCGUUACAGCUAUGCAAAGCUGAUGAUUGGUUCUGUUAUGUGUAUGCCCAAAUCUCAGGGUAAAAAUUGCCCUCGUUAUCAGGGGAAUUAAAUUGCCCUUGUUGUGGGGGAAAUUUUAGAACUUAUACA